UUUUCAACUUGAAAUUCCAAGGACAAUUUUUUUUUGGACCGUUUACACACCUGUACAGACUUUUUGGAGAUGCAACCAUUUUUUCCCCUAGAAAGCUAUCUUUAAUUCACCGUAUUUGUGUUUUACAAUGUUUUGCGAGCCACAACCAGAACAGAUCCAAAGUGGAUCAGCUUCCAAACCUCCUGUGGACCAACAAUGUGAAGCAGAAAUUCAGAUGUCAGUGGAGGAAGUGCCAACAUUUAAUAUUUCUGAGGUCCUAAUGAGCAGUGUCGAAGGCAAGGACGUAUUGGCCAGUCUUGAGAAGAACACUUUAUCCUUAAAUCAGCGAAGAUGCAUGGUCAGGAUACUAGUUUCACACCUUAUGAAUCGCUUUGGAGAAAACCCAUCCUCUGAGCAAAAGAUGUGUUUGGCUGUUUCUCUGGUUGAGCAAUAUCCCUGUCUUAAGGACUCCCAGGGUAAAGGCUAUGAAGCAUGGUUCAGCCCUGGACGAAGCCAUCGUCCAGCUACUGGAUUUCUGGAGGAACGCUUGCGAAAUGUCAGGAAGAGAACCCGUCGUGAAAACUGCACAAGCCGUGAGAAAGAGGAUUCUCAAGCCAUAAGCAGCACCUUGGUUAUACCAGAGCCAAGUAUUUCACCUGACAGAGCAGUACAACUUGCAGAAUGGCUUAAAAAUAAUAUGUGGCCAGCUAACCAAGUUGCAGAUUACAUGAAAGAAACAGCCAUCCACAGGGCUCAGUGGAUAAGAGCUAACGGGACAAAAUCUAUCGAGGAAAUAACUUGUGAAUUCCCUCGACUCCUUGAUACGCCAGGCAUGAUUUCACAAGACUUCUCUGUAUUAUUCCCCGACCAUGCAGAGAGACUUUUCCAAACUUGGAAAAUGAGUUUCAAAGACAAAAUCCUUUGCUUUGCCAGCCAGGAGAAAAAGGCGCAGGAGCUUCUCCAGAAUUUAGACAGUUUGUCUCCAGAAGUCCAAAGUGACGUUGCACUCAGGCUGCUUCCUGUAAUACUGCCCACCCCUGUCUACAAAAAAGGGAUGAAAAUGUUCAAACCAAGCUUGGAAGAAAAUAUCAAGUCUUUCAUUGAAUUCAAGCAUGUUGGGACCAACAUGGUUGAAUAUUUGAAGGAGGCAGAGCUCACUAAACCCUUCCCCUUUGUCCUUGGUCUUGGGGAUGACAGUCAAUGCCAUCAAGCCUUUGUAGUUGUUGGCAAACAGGCACUGCAUCAAAACACACUCCUUGGUGCUGUGGACACGUGCUUUAAACUUUUUUAUGUUUUAGACAUCCAUUUCCCGAAGCAGUGUGCACCAGUGUGGGAGUUUUUGCAGACUGUUGUCUACAAACUCCCAGGAACUGAAUCUCCUUCUGUAAGACUGCUCCGUGGAUAUUUGUCAUGUUGAGCAGUACUGGAACCAUGACAACUAACCCUUUCUAAAAUGUUAUGCAAGUUUAUAUUAAGAGGAAAUUUGUCAGACUAAUACAUAUAUCUAAAGCAUUUUACUUGUAUCACUUUGUUCGUGUGCCUCUUUGUUAAACAUACUCUCUAAAAAGUUAUGAGUUUAUAUUAAGGGGAAAGUCAUCUAACUAAUAUAUAUGAAGCAUUGUACUUGUGUCUUAUACUUGUGUAUAUAAUGUAAAUGUUUAAAUCUAAGCUAAUUUAAUUUAUUGAUAUUUAUUUUUUUAAUAUUUAUAAAAUGGAAGUUGUAUUUAUAUUUUAUAUGCUGUUUUAUUGUUCAUUGAGCAUGAAAAAAUAUCAUGCUUUUUUGC